CUGCCCGGCAGUUGUGGGUCGGUGGUGCUCAGACGGAGCAGCCGCGGGAUGAUUUUGCGAGGGCGUUUUCUUCAUAUUUAAAAGUGACUCUGUUUUCGUUGUUUUAGUCAGCAGCUCUCUGUCACCCGCCGGCAGCAACGGCGGGGGAGCGCAGCGCAGCGGUACGGGAGGGAGGGGAGCGAGGCGCGGGGCGGCCCCAGGUGUCGGCGUGCACUGCCUCUUACAACAUGGCGGGCACGGACUCCUUCGCGGCGGUGUUGACCGCGCUGCGCGGCUGCUACGCGGAGGUCGCCCCGCUGGAGACCUUCAUCCGGCAGCUGCAGGACAGCAGCUCCGGGGAGGCCGAGGUGCUGCGGGGCGACGACAUAGGCUGCUACCGGACCUUCGUGGGGGCGUGCCUGGUGUGCGUCCCCCGGGGGGCCCGCGCUAUCCCCCGGCCCUUCACCUUCAAGCAGUUGUCUAGUCAGAAAGAAGUUACUGCAAGAGUUGUUCAGCGACUGUGUGAAAAAAGAAAGAAGAAUGUCCUCGCAUAUGGAUAUGCCUUACUGGAUGAAAACAGUUCUCAUCUCCCAGUCAUGCCAUGUUCACGUGUAUACAGCUACCUAUCCAAUACUGGAACGGAAACUACUUGUACCAGUGGCGUCUGGGAAACACUGCUGAGCAGGAUAGGGGACGAUGUGAUGAUGUAUUUAAUGGAACAUUGUGCAAUCUUUAUGCUGGUUCCCCCUAGUAAUUGUUACCAAGUUUGUGGGCAACCCGUUUAUGAACUUAUUCCACAUAAUGUAUGCUCACCCUCUGCAUUUGUUAGACAAAGGUUUUCAAAGCGUAAACGUAGUAGAUUGCUUGACUAUAUGCAAAAAAGGCUUGUGUUUCAUAGACAGUAUCUUUCAAAGUCACAUUGGUGGAAAAGCAGACAAAGACUUGGCACUAAUGUCUCCAGCAUGGGAAGUAGAAAAAAUAACAAGAUACGAAGCUCGAUGCCCAGUUACCGGUAUUCUACAAAAGCUGUUUCUAAAGCAAGCAGACAGAUUAGAACAGCUACUGAGCAUCUGGAAACACAGAGUAGCUCCAGUUUGUGUUUGUCAGCUACGGUACCAUCUUUAAAAAGGAAGCUUAAUAGGAAACAACGUGAAAUUCCAGCUAAGAGAGCAAGAGUAGAGGAAAAGGCUUGUAAUCUCACUCCUGCUGUAAACCAAAGUAGUUCUGAGAGAUGUGGAACUCAGUGUGUGGCAUCACAUUCUGCAAGUCUCAUUAAAAAAAGGCACAUUUCUCAAAGAAGUAACAAUGAUAUGUCUGGUCCUUCUUUAGUUCACGCAUCUCGUGACAGGAAGGUUGUUGUGGCACGUGAAAGAUCUUGUUCACGAGGAGUUCAGAGUAAUGAACUCUUAAAGUCCAGCACUGAAAUGCAAGCAGAAUCCCAUAGGAAAGGAGUAGAAAUGUGUAUGCAUGAAUCUCAGUCGGAUUCUGUGCAAACUAAACCUGUGGAGGGUAUUUCUUCAAAAUGCAAAAGGCAAAAAAGUCCUGUAGGUCAUUUGGCGAAGAAGUUACCAAAUAAGCUCUUGCGUUCUGCAGUGUACUUUAAUAAGAAGCUGCUGCUUUAUUCCUGCAGGAGUUUUCGGGAAUGUUUUCCUAAAUCAUUUUUACUGAAUCGCUUGCAGGGCUGUCAGGCAGGUGGAAGACGGCUUAUAGAAACUAUAUUCUUAAACCCAAGUCUGUUGCAGAAAAAACACAACCAAAACCUGCUACGUCGCAACUGGAGAAAGAAGAGGUUGCCCAAGCGCUAUUGGCAAAUGAGACAUACAUUUGAGAAGCUGCUAAAGAACCAUGGAAAGUGCCCUUACUUAGCUAUCUUGAAAAGCUAUUGCCCUGUUAAGAUAUCUGAAGCCAGUGUGAGAAAAACUGAGCUGCCUUGUGGGGUAACUUUGCCUGGAGAAGCAGAGGCUCACAAACAAGCGGAACAGUUUGUGAAAGAGCCUGCUAAUGGUGUGACAAGCAGCAGAUGUGAAUCUGGUCACACUAAUGUGCCAGACAAUUUAUGCACUCCUCUUGCAAAAUCUGUGCAUGAGAAGUCACAGAGUGAGGAGCAAAAUCCAGGAGGGGUGUGUGAGUCUGACCUCAGGAACCUUCUCAAGCGACACAGCAGCCACUGGCAGGUGUACAUGUUUGUGAGGGAGUGCCUGGAGCAAGUCAUCCCUGCUGAGCUUUGGGGUUCAAACCAUAACAAGUGCCAGUUCUUAAAAAACGUGAAAGUAUUCAUUUCCAUGGGGAAGUUUGCAAAGCUUUCACUGAAGGAGUUGAUGUGGAAGAUGCGAGUGAAUGACUGCAUGUGGCUUCGUCUAGUUAAAGGUGAUCACUUUGUUCCUGCUUAUGAACAUUGUUUCCGUGAAGAACUUCUGGCUAAAUUCCUGUACUGGCUGAUGGAUACCUAUGUUAUUGAGUUGCUCAGAUCAUUUUUCUAUGUCACUGAGACCACGUUCCAGAAGAACUUGCUUUUCUACUACCGAAAGUUUGUCUGGGGCAAGUUACAGAGCAUUGGAAUUAGAAACCAUUUUGCCAGAGUACGUCUACAUGCUUUAUCUUCAGAAGAUAUUGAAGCUAUCCGUCAAAAAAAAUAUGUGACAUCAAGGCUCCGGUUCAUUCCCAGACCAAAUGGGUUAAGACCCAUAGUAAAUGUGAGCAGCGUUGUUAAUGCACGAGCGUUCAGCAAGGAAAGCAGAGAAAAGAAGGUGCAGCAAUACAACACUGAACUGAAAAAUCUAUUUAGUGUGUUAAAUUAUGAACGGACUAAAAACAGCAGUUUUAUUGGCUCCUCAGUGUUUGGGAAAGAUGAUAUCUACAGGGCAUGGAAGAAUUUUGUUACAGAAGUGCUUGAAUCAUAUGAUAAAAUUCCUCAUUUCUACUUUGUAAAGGCUGAUGUGUCCAGGGCAUAUGAUACUAUUCCUCACGAUAAACUUGUAGAAGUGGUUUCACGGAUCUUAAAACCUCAGAAAAAAACUCCCUACUUCAUACGACGCUAUGCUGUGGUUAUGAUUACUCCAAGUGGAAAAGCCAGAAAGUCCUAUAGGAGAAGUGUUUCUACUUGGCAGGAUUUUAAGUCAGACAUGGAGAGCUUUGUGUCCUACCUUCAGGAGGCUACCUCAUUGCAAAAUGCAAUAGUAGUUGAACAGAGCUUAAGUUUAGAUGAGACAAGUUCCAGCCUAUUUACUUUUUUUCUUCAAAUGAUACAUAACAACAUCCUGGAGAUCGGGAACAGGUACUACAUACAGUGCUGUGGAAUUCCACAGGGCUCCAUUUUGUCAACCUUACUUUGCAGCUUAUGCUAUGGAGACAUGGAAAACAAAUUGCUUAGUGGGAUACAACAGGAUGGAGUUCUAAUACGUCUCAUUGAUGACUUUUUGCUGGUUACACCACAUUUAAUGAAGGCAAGACGUUUUCUAAGGACUCUAGCAACAGGUAUUCCUGAGUAUGGCUUUUUAAUAAACCCCAGUAAGACAGUCAUGAAUUUUCGUGUUGAUGAUAUCCCAGGAUGUUCCAAAUUUAAACAGGUGCCAGAUUGUCCUAUGAUCCCAUGGUGUGGUUUAUUAUUUGAUAUACAGACACUUGAGGUUUACUGCGAUUACUCCAGUUAUAGCUAUACUGCCAUCAGAUCAAGUCUUUCCUUCAAUUCAAGUAAAACAGCUGGGAAAAACAUGAAAUACAAAUUGACUGCCGUCCUCAAACUGAAAUGCCAUUCUUUAUUUCUUGAUUUACAGAUCAACAGCCUUAGAACAGUUAUCAUUAACAUCUACAAGAUAUUUUUACUUCAGGCUUACAGGUUUCAUGCCUGCGUUCUCCAACUUCCAUUCAACCAGCAAGUUAGAAACAAUCCUUAUUUCUUCCUAAGAAUCAUCUCUGAGACUGCAUCAUGCUGCUAUAGUAUCCUGAAAGCAAAGAACAAAGGGAUUGCUUUAGGUAAGAAAGGUGCAUCUGGUAUGUUCCCUUCUGAGGCGGCAGAAUGGCUCUGCUACGAUGCGUUCACUGUCAAGCUGGCAAACCACAAAGUUAUUUACACAUGCCUGCUUAAGCCUCUAAAAAUCUGUAAGAUGCAGCUAUUCAGGAAGAUCCCAAAGGAUACUAUGGCACUAUUGAAGGAAGUGACAGAACCGUCUUUUUAUCAAGAUUUCAAAACUAUCCUGGACUAACUGGUUGAAGUUUAUUCCAUUUUUUUUUUUUCCAGGUUUGAAAGUAAAUGUUAUGUCUCCAGAUGACUUUUCUCUCUAGUUUAUUUUGGUAGUGGACAGAAAGCAACUUCACUCAGAAGUUUUCCAUGUUUGUUUCUCAGAUACCACACAAGGACUUAAAAAGAGCAGACAAUUUU